UAGACUGGAAUCUGCCAGCCCAAUGCCAUCAGACGCAGCAGGUUCAGCGGAUCAUCUCUCGCUGCAGUUGCCGAAUGUAUUAUGUCAGUUACAGUCACGAUAUCGAGCCGGAGUUGGCAACCCAGAUCAAACCACCUGAAAUUCAGGAGGACCAGAAAGAGGAUCUGCUGAAGAAGCAAAAUGGUGCUGUGGACACCUUCACCCUGAUCCAUCAUGACCUUGAGAUAUCCACCAAUCCAGUCCAGUACGCCAUGAUCUUAGACAUUGUCAACAAUUUACUGCUGCUCGUUGAACCAAAACGGAAGGAGCACAGUGAGCGGAAACAGCGAGUCCGGUUCCAGCUGGAAAUCUCCAGCAAUCCCGAGGAGCAGAGGAAUAGCAUCCUGCACCUUCAGGAUGCAGUGAGGGAGCACGUGACACGGAUACGUCAACUUGAGAAACAAAUCUACCUGAUCAUGAAGGUAACGAGCUGUUUGUUUGCCGAGUGUAGUCUUCAAUGCACAGCUGUGCCACUUCCAACUCACCAUCUCCAAGUCUACAGCAACUUUGACACGGUGAAAAUCCACAAGGUCUUUUACAUGGCAUUAUCAGGUGAAAUUUAACACUAUGCCACACAAUGAGACAUUCUGUGAUUGAGACGGAUGACCAAACAUUUGGUCAAAGAUGUAAACGUUAGGGAGUGUUCUAAAAGAGGAGAGAUGGGUGGAGAGGAUUCAUAAAGAAAGAAAAUAAGGGCUAAUGAACCAAUGGAGACAACCAGUUUUUCUUAAAGGCACUUCCUGAUGUGAAAUACACUGCCUGAAGAUGGAAGGUGAUGGCCUAAUGUCUGAAGAUGUAAUCCAGACAGCCAGGUCAUUGUGUUGGAACCUGGAGGCAGGUAACAUACUGCAGUAGAUGGUCGAAUUUAAAUUCAAUAAAAACAUCCAAAAUUGAAAGCAUAAUGACAGCCUGACUGCUGGAAAGCAACAGAGUCAACAUAACUCACAAUGGGUUUCUGCAACUUUUUUUUUAACAGUGCCGCAGAUCCUUCCAAGCUCCUUAGAAAAGGCCUUUUCUAACUUUAAUUCACAAUCAAGAAUAAAGUAAAUAAAAAGAUGGGAUCUUAACAGAACCUCAGCGCUGACCCUCUGACAGUAUGGCACUCCCUCAGCACUGACACCACGAC